AUGUCUAAAGAUGGAGUGCUCCAAAAGAAGAAGACCUCUUCUGGUUUCCAUUUCGUCGCCGGCCUAGGAUCUGGAGUCGCCAGUGCCUUUCUCUUGCAACCCGCCGAUCUACUCAAGACCCGAGUGCAGCAAAACCAAUCGACUUCUCUUCGGCAAGCUUUGAGGGGGAUUCUCGAUGGCCCAAGUCCAAUCCGCCAGCUCUGGCGAGGAACGUUACCGUCUACCAUACGGACUGGUCUCGGCUCGGCAUUAUAUUUCGGUUUGCUCAACAAGAUGAGACAAUCUCUCGCCACCGCAGCAGCAAAUGCUUCCGGAACCUCUGUCGCUUCAUCCUCAUCAGCUCUUCCCAAAUUGGGCAACUUGGCCAAUCUUUCGACCGGAGCACUCGCUCGAGUUGCAGCAGGCUUCGUAUUGAACCCCAUCACUGUGCUCAAAGUUCGCUAUGAGUCGACGCAAUAUUCUUACACCUCUCUCAUGGGUGCCGCGCGCGAUGUCUUCGCCAAAGAGGGAGCACGCGGUUUCUUUGCUGGAUUCGGUGCCACAGCAGUUCGCGACGCUCCGUAUGCCGGACUCUAUGUCCUCAUCUACGAGCAGUCCAAAACCUACCUAGGCACUGCGUCCUCGGCCGCGGCGGCAGCGGCAGCAGCUGCAGCCGCCUCGAGUGGGAGCGAGAGCCUUGCGGAAAAGAUCCCUCCAACAAUGACGAGCUCUGCUACGAUCAAUUUUGUCUCUGGUCUUGUCGCUGCUAUGUCUGCAACGACACUGACCAAUCCUUUUGAUGCAAUCAAGACACGUUUACAACUCGCUCCUGGAAAGUAUCGAAAUAUGUUCCAGGCAGCCCAGAUGAUGCUGAAGCACGAAGGCAUCCAGAGCAUGUUCUACGGGUUGAGUCUCAGAAUCGGGCGGAAAGCUAUUAGUAGUGCGCUCACGUGGACUGUGUAUGAAGAAUUCAUCCGGAGGGCGGAGCGGGCUAUGAAUGUAUAA